UUUUUUAUUAUACACAAAACACAAAUGAGAGCUUGAGAGAAGGAGAGAAGCUUUUGGGACUGAAAAUCAAUCAUCAUAUGCAUACAAACAUAUAUAGUUUCUUGCAUCAUUUUUGUUUCUGGGUUUCACUGAAAUCAAGAAGUGGACUCAUUGUUUGAAAGCAAAAGCAUUGCUUUUGAUUAAGAAAGUUACAGCAGUUGAAGAGACCCAAUAAAGUCAUAUGUCAGAAUAAUAGAUUUUCGUUUUUUGGUACAAAAAAAGGAGGAAGAAAAUAAUCAUAUGUUGUGAAAGAAAAGAGAGAAGGAAAAAAAAAAAAAGAUGGGUUCUUUCAAGGGUCAUGUUGUGCCAGGGACACUAUUUCUUGUGAUUGGGUUAUGGCACAUAUGGAACUCUUUGGUGAGAUACACAUCAAACCCGAAAUCUUUUCGGGUCCGGGUUUGGAACCCGGUUCCGGGUUUUGAUGGGAGGCUCAAGUAUUUCGAGCUUUAUGUUGUGGCUUUUGGUGCUUUCAUUGAUUUGUGUAUUGAGCUUCUGUACUCAACCCAUCUAAAGUUCUUUGUCAAUGGAGAGUUAAAUCCUUCUCACAUGAAUGAUUUUGAGCACUCCGGUAUGCUCCUAAUGUUUUUCAUAUUUGGUGUCAUUGCUCUUCUCUCGGAAAAGACAAGAUUUCUUCCCUUGCCUGAAGGAGCUCUAUGUUUGAUCAUCGCCGCAGCUUUCAGUGCCGAGUACCUUCUUUUCUACUUUCACUCAACAACACAUAAAGGGCUAGAGGGGUACUACCACCUCCUCCUUGUCCUAUUAAUAGGACUUUGCAUAGUAUCCACUGUUGCCGGAGCACUCUUACCCACAAAUUUCGCCAUCGACUUGAGUUGUGGCGUUGCCAUUAGUCUCCAAGGCCUGUGGUUUUAUCAAACGGCUUUCACAUUAUACGGCCCCAUGAUGCCAGACGGUUGUUGGCUCAAGGAGAACAACGUUGUGUGUCAUUCGCCGGACAGUGAGGUGCGGGGUGAGCUGCUUGCUAACUUCCAGCUCUUCUUCAUGGUCCUUGGAGUCUUCACUUCAGUUGUGGGAGCUUAUGCAUUUGCUGCUUCUAGAUUCGAGCAUUCUGAUACUAGGAGCCUGCAUUCUGGUCAAAAUGGUUUGGAUCAAGAUUAAACAAACAAACAAACUAGAGUAUGAAAUCUUUUGUGUUUCUUCACUGGGCGUUGGGAUCUGUUUUUCACUUGUAAUCUCAUUAUUUUUUGUCUCAUUGUAAUGAAUAAAUCAAUACAAAAAGAAAAAAAAAAAAAAAAAAACAAGUUGAAGUUUAUAGGAAAGCAAAGAAAGAGAAGAUGCUGGUUAUUUUACAUGAUUUGUAGUGAUGAGGAGAUCUUGUAGGGCCUUUUUGUUA